GCAAGGCGCUAUCAAUGUUUGUGUUGAAACAUAGAAUAAAAUACCUGUUCUCAGCGAUGGAUAACUUCUUUUGGCAACCCCAAGAAAGCGAGUUGUGCAAAUCAGAAUAUCUUAGACAUUUGCAUUGCUGCCUUUAAUCAGAAAAGGCGAAGAACUUUUAUUUGAAUCUUACAGACCAAGUUUCAUCCCAUACAUCGUGAUUUAUAUUUGGGAGUGUUCAAUCGGUUUCAGGCUUAUACUUGAAGGAAUGUUUUGUUUCGAUAUGAUACUUUACAUUACGAUGGCGCAUACAGGGGCACAACUCAAAAUAUUGAACAAAGUAAUAUCGGGAGCUUACGACAUGAAGAUACAGAACAAAAGUGAUCUUAAGAAGUUCAAACUCUUAAUGAAAAGGUGUAUCGAGCAUCAUGAUUUCCUACUGCGGUAUAUCAAGUCGAUAGAUAAAGAAUACGCCGGGCCCUUGGCAUCUUUUUUUAUGAGUAUGUUCAUGGGAAAUGUGGUAGAAUCCUAUAGAUUCACGACCUCCAAUGACAUUGUAGCAACCAUAAGAUCUCUUCUUUACGUGACAACUGGAAUAUUGGUUAUAUUUUUUGUGUGUUACUUCAUACCUGCACAGUUUAUUCAAGAUGAGGCCAAUAAGAUUAGCAGAAGCAUAUAUUUGACUAAAUGGUAUGAGCACAGCCUUAAUGCCAAGCCUGUUGUAAUGAUAAUAGCUAGAGCAUACAGACCUUGUAGGAUAGUUCCUUGUGGUAUUUGGGAACUGAACUUAGAAACAGGUCUCAUGGUAAUACGAGCAACUAUAUCAUACGCGAUGUUUCUAAGGACCUUGUAGGUCACCUCUAGAUAGUUAAGAUUUUCAAACUCGUAGACUACUAAAUUG